AGAGAAAACGGUAGAGGGGGUGAGAGGAGAUGAGGGGGUGGAGGCCAGCUGGGGUAGAGGAGAGGGCGUGCUCUGCUCCUCGGGAUCACUGGAUGCCUGUGUAUUCCCACUAUUUGAUAGCGGGACUCAGGUUUCCACUUCCUGAGUUGCUAAUAGGUUUACUAUUAGAUUACAACAUAGGGUUGACACAGUUGGUCCCCAACGCAAUGAGGGGGGGAAGUAGGAGGGAUAAGGGGUGGUAUUAUUUCACCCCUAGGGUAGCUAAGAAGGAAAGUAGGGUUUUAUUCACUGUAGGUCCUUCAUCCAUUAAGGGAUGGAAGGAAAAAUUCUUUUUUGUGGAUGAUACGGAGUGGGGGAAGAGGGAUACCGAGGUGAGGGAGUUAGCCUCCUGGAAGGCCAAAAGGGCCAACCAGAAUAGGUUUAGCUUAAAUGAAGAUGAGGAGGAAGAAGUGAGGAAGUUGGUGAGGAAGGGGGGAGAUGUGUUGAAUAUCAUGGACUUCACCAGCGCAGCAUGCAUAGAAGUUGCUGAGCUCUAUGGGCCAAGCGCUCUGAGUGAAGCUGAAAUGGACCAGUUUUUAAAUACUGCUGGAGGAGCGCCCAUCCCCAAGAAGCCAAGGAAGAAGUCAAAGACUUCGACCAAGCAAGUGGAUGAGGGGAGGGCUGGGAAGGAGAUGGUGCCCUUGGCUUCAGCUGAGACGGAGGAGGAGGUGCUGCCGCUGAAGAGGAAGGGUUGGGAGGAGAGGAGGGCACUGCAGAAGAAGCAGAAGGUGGUGGAGGAGGAUGAGGGGGAUGAGGUUCCUGAGUUCGUACCUCAGCCUUCUCCUAUUGAGCUGGACCCUGAGCUCAAACAGUUGGAGGAGGGGGCUGAGGUACGAGCUCCUGGUAAAGGGAAGGGGCCUAUUCCCCCACUGAGGCCUCAGAGCAGCCUGUUCGAGGCGAAGAACAUAACGGGGGCCAGGUGGUUCAUCAACAACACCUUCCCCGAGGUGGGCCAAAGCAACGCGAGUUUUGAUCUGCAGAGCGCGAGCUGGGUGAAUGGUCUAGCCCAGGAAUUCAAGGAGAGCCUGAAGGAUCGCGCACUCUUGCAGAGGCAGCGAGACCAGCUGCAGAAGGAGAAGGAAGUGUUGGAGAAGAAAAAUAAGGAGCUGCAAGAGUCUCUGAACGAGGUGGUUCCAACUGUUUCACAGUUGGAGCAGGAGAGGUCUUCCCUGAGCACCAAGCUCGCUUUUGAGGAGAGCAAACGAAGGAUCGCUGAAAGCGAGCAUGAGGCUCAGGCUUCCAGCUCGUUUGAUAGCAUCGUCAACCUGUACCGACUCCCCACUACCAUCAUUGCCUUCACAGACUACAGAAAGAAGGUGAAGGCUGAAUAUCCCGAAGUGGAUGUGACGAAGAUCACCUUCGGCGAGCAAGAAGAAGGAGUGGAGGAGGAUGGCGAGAGCAUGUCAGCAGACUUCCGUCCUCAGAUUAAGCUGAGGUGGGAGAAUGAUGCAGACGGUCUUGCUGUUUUUCCUCCACAGUUCGACUUCGAGUUCAUUGCAGUGGAGGAAGAAGGGGUAGAGGUAGAGGAGGGCGAGAUGGAGGCAGGAGUGGAGGGAACUGAAGUGGGUAAGGUGCAACCAGCUCCAGAAGUGGAGAUUCAUCCAGUUCUUUCUGACGAUGAGCAGCCUCCUCUGCCAGACGAGCAGCAGCCAACACAGCCACCUCCUCCAGCUGAGUACGAGCUAAUGCAGUCACCUCUCCAGCAGAGAACUUUUGUUUUUUAAUUUUUGUAGAAUAUUGAAACAAUUUGUAAUUCUUCUUUGAAUGAAAAUUCAUUUUUAAAAUCAUGUGUUUGUUUGUGUUUGCUUUACAUUUUUGUUAUUAUUUUUUAUUAAUAAAAGACCUGAGAUUUA